AUGAGUGGAUAGAAACAAUACUGUUGCUUAGGGGGAGGCUGCAUGGAAUUGCUAAGUCCCGUUACAUACACAAGUGCCCUUCCGUUUGCAGACCUAGAGCGGGGCCCACGCCAGCUGAUGAGGACGGGCAUCGCACUGAUUUUUGUUGGUCACGUAAACUUCAUUAUUGGUGCCAUUGUGCACGGGACAGUCCUCAGACAUGUGUCAAACCCAGAGAAGCGAGUAAGCCCUGAAUACUGCACAGCCAACAUCACAUCUGUAGUGUCUGGCCUACUGAGCAUCACGACUGGCAUCUGUGCUAUACUGGUGUCCCGAAACCUGAACAGAGUGAAGAUCCACUGGGCUCUCCUCGUCCUGGCCCUAGUGAAUGGGCUCCUGUCGGCCGCGUGCUUUGUGGGUCUUGUUGUUGCGGUGUCGCUGACGAUCGCUAAUGGAGGGAAGAACCUGAUAUCUGGGUGUAACUCAUCUGUGUUGCCUGCGGAGACUCGCUCUGUAAUAAUGAGUAAUGAGUGUCCGUUCGACACCACCAGGAUCUACGACACAACCCUUGCGCUAUGGUUCCCCUCCAUGUUCCUCUCGGCCAUUGAGGCUGUAUUAUCCGUGCGCUGCUGUGUGGUCGCGUUUAUACUGCGUGGAAUUGGCCCUUGUGGUGAGAACUACCUCAGAGAAAAGCUGCAGGAAGAAGAAGCCGAGCGAGAGAAACAAGAAGAUGGUGCGAGGCCAGAGACUCACCAGCUGAUUGAAGCAAGAGCAUAAAAUGAUCCUGGUAUGCCAUCGAGCUCUCUGUCUCCUCCCCUCCUUGGUAUGCUAAUGUGAUCAAUAACUUGAAACCUAAGUUGGCAUAUGCUGUGACCUGCCUGAAUAAAAUGUUCUGCUACUGGGGGGGCGUGUCCUAGCCGCAGCAGUGAGGAGUCGCAAAUUUGAGGAGCUCUCUAUAAACUCAUAAUUUGUCGGUAAUCUCUUCUCUAGUCAGCUUCUAUCACUCCUAAACUGUGCAACUAACAGAGAAACCGCUAAGGACCUAUUUGGUACCAACUAUUACCUUGUUUACACCGACAAACACAAAAAAAGCAACUUGAGUCUCCACGGAUUGACGACUGCGGCCUCAUAUUUAUUUUACAUUUCACCAUCCCCCCCCCGGUUGGUUAGCAGCCGGGUAAAGCAGACUUACGCUAAUGAAAACCCUAUUAUCUACUCCCUGGAACCUUAUACUUUGACAUGGAGUGGGAUCUACAUUUGCAGUUGCAGAUCAUGCUUGAAACGCUGACACUACGGAUGCAUCGCAAUUUUGAUGACCUGCGCCAUACCUUGCGAACAGCCAGUGGUAACGCAGCACCUCAAGAUGGAGCCAGUACUCGCCUUCCUACUCCAGCCAGCAGUGAUCCUCCGAGUAAUAGUAUGGUGGAGAAACCGGAGAUCACCCGAUCUGCAAGCAACACCCCGAUCUCUUAUAACACCGGAGCCGCCUCCUUCAUCCAUAUCUGUCAGACAGAAAUUGCCAUUGAACCUAUCUCAGCCGUUCCUGGGAGGGUGCGGCCGACCCCCGGAGAUACGUGGGGGCCCCAAAGAGGAAGUCUGACUUAGUGUUUAUGCAGCGGAGGGGUAAUCGAGGAGCCGCCAGAAAGGGUAUUGUGGAGAUUUUUGUCACUCAUAGCUCACACUCACCUACAUCUGAAGCCCUGAUUUAUGCUAAACUGUUGACUCUAUGGACAUCAAAAGGUGUAGCUGACUUUUGUACAGGUAAUUGGCUUGAUACGGGCCAGCCACCCAGAAGAGGACUGAGCUAAUCAUAAGGACUUCUUUCCCUGAUCGAAAUAGUGGACAUCGCUGUUUUAAUUUAAGGUCCGCUUUUUGUUUGCAUAUAGUUGUUUGUUUUUUGAGCCCUUCCUGCCUAUGUGGAUCCUUAUCUAGCGCUACUAAGCCUGUUGUGCACAACUCAUCGCCCACAUGGCCGCCUCCUAGUUCUGUUUUGACACACUUCUUUAUAUACAACCCCAGUUUUGAUCGUGCUUGGACGGUAUUAGGAUAACAUCAGUAACUAGUUUCCACCCAAAUUCAAUUGUGGGGAAUAGUUAUCUCACUUCUGAGGUAUAAGUUUUAUUGUUGACUCCUGUCUAAUAUGCAACAGAGGUAUAUGUCGUUAUACAGGGGGAUGUGAUGCCAUGCUGUAUUUAAAAGGAGACCAUUAGGCUAUAAUGUUAGAUAUCUCAAAUUGGUUUUUGCCACUAGAUGCCUAUGUUUAGGUUUUUCUCUCCUUCCUAAUACAUUUGUUAGAAUGAUGCUGUAGGUGCUUCGCGAGAGACAUAGGAAACCGCUUCACUAUGGGCCUGAUACAUUCAUUAUCCGUUCAUCAUUUAAUAUCUGUCCUUUUCCUCCUCAUGCUUAAUAUGUCACUAUCUGAUCCUGUAUUAUGUCUGCACCCGGAUUUGUUCAAUGUUACAUGUAUUGGUAUAUUGGUCAUCUUACCUACCUGAUGUAUCUAUGGUUACCCCACCUCCUCUCGUAAUUAUUACUGCUGACAUCCCAAUCGGCCCAUAUUAUUCCCUCUAAUUGAAUCUACUUAGUACCCUCUCCAUGUCAUAGUUUAAUCACUAGCCCAAUUUGACAUUAUAUCACUCUACCUAUCCCUCCCUCCCCCUUAUACGAGUGGCUUUGGCCCACUGAUUCCUCCUCCGCCAUCCCCUCUAAAAAGAAAGAGGUCCCAUUUUAAUACUAAAUGGUUAGCCGCUGAUUAUGUAAGUUUUUUACUCUGACGCAUACUUGCAAGUAUGUCUGUGAAUUGUUAUGAAUGUCUUUGUAACAAAACAUACUAGAGGUCUUUAUCAUAAUUUCUUAAUUUUUAUGUUAUCCAGCCUCAUAAGCAAUGUACUUUAUGUGGAUUUAAAUGUCAGAUUAUAUCACCUAUACUGUUUAUUUGCUGACUAUUGUCUAUGCCCAAAUCUAAAUCAUAACCUUGUUGUUCUUCGCUACUUUUGAAACCUCAAUAAAAACACAAUUUAAAAAAAAA